GGUCGCGCGAAUGACGGUUGGUGAGGGCCGUGAUUCCGAAACUAGCUAGGGAAACCUUAGCCACCCGUCCCGCCCACGAAGCCCGACACCGAAAAGCCUGGGAUUAGGUGCUUGGAGGCUGGCACCACACCCUGGCCAGGUGUGCAGCAGAGGACCAGGUGCUUGGUCGCUCCGCCCCUGGUCCCGGGAGCCCUGCAGAAUGCCUGAGAGCCUCGGGGCCAGGCCGAGACUGCGGCCCAGGCAAUGCCCGGAGGACGGCGACGGGACCAGGUGUCCACUCCCUAGGGACUUUGGGCGGAGAAACGGGGAGGGGCUGGCGGCAGGUGCCGUCACCCGAGCGGCGCCUGGAACGCGAGCUCUUGAGAGUUAAAAUUGCCUGCUGGGCCGGCCUAAUUGCGCAGUCCCCUCCCGUACGCAUGGGGCGCUGUAGCUGCACUAGGUCAGGCUCCGCUACCUUCUCACUAUUCCUGCGGAGGACUCGCUACUCUCAGAGCAGCCAUGGCCACCGCUUUCUCGCUCCGCUACCUCUACAGAGCGCGACCCGUGCCGCGCUUCCUACAUGUUGCGCUGCAGUGGUUUCCACAGCGUGGGCACCGACUGUCGCUAGCUGAUGAUGAAUUGUAUCAGCGGACUCACAUUUCUCUGCUGCAACGCGAGUUCCCGCACAUCAUGUACAUUGACAGCUACAACAGCCGAGGCUUCACUAUCAACGGAAAUCGAGUGUUCGGUCCUUGUGCGCUGCUCCCUCACUCGGUGGUACAGUGGAAUGUGGGAUCCCACCAGAAUAUCACAGAAGAAAGCUUCUCCCUCUUCUGGUUGCUGGAGCCCAGGAUAGAGAUUGUUGUGGUGGGUACUGGAAACAGGACUGAGCGGCUACACUCUAAGGUGCUGCAAGCCAUUAGGCAGCGGGGCAUCGCUCUGGAAGUGCAAGACACUCCCAGUGCCUGUGCCACCUUCAACUUCCUGUGUCAUGAAGGCCGAAUGACAGGAGCUGUUCUCAUCCCCCCACCUGGAGAGACUUCACUCACAUAUAUGAGCCAAGAUGCAGAAUGAACAGGAAGUGAUCAGCUGUUCAGGAGGGACACUUUAUAAAGUGCAGAUGUUCCCAUUGUUUUCACUGUCCUCUCCAUUGGCACUAAACACUUUUCAUGCUUGACAGGAAUAUAAUUUAUACAAUUCUC